AUCCGAAGGGUUCUAUCCUUGUUCUUCUUCUUUGUAGAGAAAGGAAACGCUGUCUUUCGAUUUCUCCUUCGAAAAUGGGUAUGAGAAAGAUAAUCCUUUCUAAUUCUGCCGCUUUCUGCAAAGCAUUUUCAUCAUCAUCGUCUGCUCUUUCGACUAAGCUCUCCCAUUCCAAUCCUAAAUCUAUUGUUCCAAACCCACAUUCCCUGAACCAAUUUCUCACCAAACAAUGCAAGUCAGGUGCCAUCACUCUAGAUCAAGCCCAGCAUUUCUUUGAUUACAUGAUCCGCAUGCUCCCCCAUCCUCCUGUCUCAUCUUUCAACCAUUUGUUAGGUGCCCUUGCUAAGAUUCAGCACCAUGGUCAUGUGAUUUCGUUUUACCAAAGAUUGAACUCAGUUGGGGUAUUCCCUGAUAUUAGAACUUUGAACAUCUUGCUUAAUUGCUGUUGCAAAAUGGGUCUACCUUCGGAUGGUUUUUCGGUUUUGGGGAAGAUUUUGAGGGGCGGUUAUAGCCCAACUUCUUCCACUUUCAAUACUUUGAUAAAGGGGUUUUGUAUGGACGACAAGAUUGGUGAAGCAACUAGGUUGUUUAACAAUAUGUCUGUCUUUGGCUGUCAACCUGAUGUGGUUACUUAUGGUAGCAUUAUUGAUGGUCUUUGCAAAGAUGGAAAGGUUGAAAAGGCAAAACAACAUUUUUCCCAAAUGAAAGAUAGAGGAAUUUCUCCUGAUGUCGUUGUUUAUACCUCUCUACUUCACGGUUUCUGUUUAAUGGGUAAUUUGGAGGAGGCAAGAGGUUUAUUCAGAGAGAUGGAGGAUGGAGGAGUCCAAGCUAACGUGGUGGCAUUCAAUGUUUUGAUGGUUGCAUUUUGCAAACGACAAAGGUUGCAAGAAGCAAGUGAAUUAUUAGACUUGAUGAUCCAGAGAGACUUGAUGAUUCAAAGAGGUCAGCACCCUGAUAUGCUGACUUAUAACGCAUUGAUUGAUGCCCUUUGCAAAGAAGGGAGGAUGGAGGAAGCAAAUAGAUUAUUAGAUUUGAUGAUUAAGAGAGGUCAGCACCCUGAUGCUAUCACUUAUACUAAAUUAUUGAAUGCAUUUUGCAAAGAAAGGAGGAUGGAUGAAGCGAAUAGAGUAAUAGGUUUGAUGAUUCAGAGAGGUAAGCAUCCUGACAUUGUUACUUAUAACACACUGAUAGAUGCACUUUGCAAGGACGGGAGGUUAGAUAAAGCAAAUAAAUUACUACACUUGAUGAUUCAGAGAAAUGAGCAUCCUGAUAUAGUGACGUAUAACAUAUUGAUUAAUGCACUUUGUAAACAAGGAAGACUAGAAGAAGCAGAUGGAUUGCUAGACUUCAUUAUUCGAAGAGGUCAUCACCCUAAUGUAGUAACUUAUAACACAUUGAUUGAUGCACUUUGCAAGGAAGGGAGGAUGGAGGAAGCAAAUAGAUUACUAAAUUUUAUGACUGAGAGAGGUCAGCACCUCGAUACAGUCACUUAUGGUACAUUGGUGAAUGCAUUUUGCAAGGAAGGGAGGAUGGAGGAAGCAAAUGCACUGUUUGAUUUAAUGAUUAAGAGAGGACAACUUCCUAACACCAUUAUUUAUAAUACCAUGAUCGAUGGGCUGUGUAAAAAUGGGCAAUUGGAGAAGGCAAGUGAUUUAUUAAAAGAGAUGGAGGAGAGUGGUUGUUUUCCGGAUGUGGUGACCUUUAAUACAUUCAUUUCCUUUUUCUGCCAAAAGAAUGAGACAUCCAAAGCUGUGGAAUUUGUUUUAAAAAUGAAACAGAAAAAUAUGUCACCUGAUACAACGACCCUGUACAUUGUCUUAAAGUUACUCUCAAACUUGAAGGAUGAGAGAUGUCAAGAACUUAUUAAUGAGCUUCCCACAUUUCUUGCCAGAUAGCCACCAUAAAUAAUGACAAAUUUAAAUGGAGGUUAAUGUAGCUGAUGAUAGUUUCAUGGUGUUCCUAGUCUUGAGUCAAACAAGUGAAGAUGGGGUGAGACAGGGUAAUCUUUAAUUUGAGAAAGCAGAAGCAGGGUCUGAAUUUUCGUUAGUUGGUGCCUGUAAUAAAGGAGAUGUUGGUUUGAAACCACAGAAAAUUGAAGUUGUAAGCUUUUCAUGAAAAUCAGGUAAAAUGUUUUUGGCUGUUUUGUUCUCUGUUAAACAUAAUUGAUAUUCUGAAUUUUUCUUGACUGGUGUCGAAGACAUUUUGAAAUGAAUUCAUCCAUGUAAUCUACUGAAGUUUCUUAGUAGGAUGCAGUAGCCUUGAUCUCAUUUUGUAGGAUAUCUUUCAUUUGGGAUGUGAAAUGGAUAUUGAAGAGUAAUCAUUUUCCCUGUUGCCUUGAUCUUAAUUAGGGGGUUUCUCAUCUAACAUUUCAGCUUCAGUCAGAGUUCUCUUGUUCUGAACAUUGUACUUGGUGGUAAGUCUCAUAUGCCGCACCUGCACCUUUGUGGUUGGCUAUUUAAAUUAUUUUUGUAUUAUAAAUAGAUUUAGGAUCA